AUGGCGGUGUCAAACUUAGAUCAACAAAUUAUACUGUGGAUCCCUGGAUCAAAAGACUUUUCUGGAUAUAUCCGGGAAAAUUGGAAACUAAUAAACGAACAGUUUCGUAGUAAUUUAUGGAAGGAAUUCCAAAAAGACACCAACAUCGGGGAAUUUUGGUCGAUAGCUUAUCGGGAUUUCUUUCACGAGUCAAAUUUGAAGUCAAUUAUCGAAAAAAAGAUCAAGAGUCAACAAGAAUAUUGUAACUAUAAUUUGAUGUUAGCGGGUCAUUCAGUUGGAGGUGCAAUGGCUGAAUUGUUGGCUCUAUUUAUUGUCAAAGAGCGCCUUUGGCCAAAGAAACGCUUGAAAUUAUUCACUUUUGCUGCCCCAAGAGUUGGUGAUGAGAACUAUGCUGCUAUGCUCAUCCAUUUAUUUCCAUGGAAAUAUCGAUAUGUUUGGGAAGAUGAUCCAUUAGUGAAUAUUCCCCCAAAUGAGUGUUUCAACACUAAGCAAAGAUCACAAUUGAAUGCAAAUUGGGAUUUGGAGAGAAAAGAGAAAUGCUUCUUUCAUUCUGGGAAAACACUUUUUGGCAAAGUCUUUAAUGGAAUGGCGGAUAUUCUUAAGGUUUUAUAUGAUGAUUAUGAUGGGAUUACACCAGGCCGAGAACCAAAAUAUGAUGGAUAUAAAAUAGAAGAUCCUCAGUAUUUUGAAAAUUAUUUGUGCUGUGAAAGUGAUAGUGAAUGUGGACGGGGUAGGAUUUGUGAGGAUAAUGAAUGUCGAUCGUCGAAUAUUUAUGCGUGGAACAUAACAGGAGACACUCCAAUUCGGACAACAACCUCGACAAAAUCUUCAAUAAUUCCACCAACGAUCACAACCACCACUCAAAUUGGAGACACUUCAUCAACAUCAACUACUGUACCUAUAACGACAGCCCAUGAAAGCCAUAAAUGCAUUCUGAAUGAUAUUCUUGAUCAACCAGCUGGCGGUUCAAAUUCAGUCGAUGAACAAAGGGCUCUCUAUCUCUUAUUGAACUUCAGUUCUCCAGAUUUUGAAAAAGAUUACAAUACUUACAAUGAUUUUUAUAUGGACAUCCUUAAUAAAACAGUUGAAAAA